GAGCGUGACAGUUCGUGUCACUUGUAACUUAGCUCAUGACGUCGGACGAGCAGACGAUGUCUUCGAAGAAACUUCUCCUACUCAGUCGUUGUCCACCUGGACUGGUCAUUUGUUCUGCUCCAGAGGUUAUUCAUUCAUUAAUAUCAAUACUACGAACGAACAUUGUUCGCCCUCGACAUGUAAUUGGCCAGAUAUCAUGGAAAUACACAGGCGAAGGCCCGUGAGGAGCAAAGCGAUGCCCUGAACGGAACUGAGCUGCUUAUGGUGCUCCUACUAGGAAAUGGUUCAAAUUCUCAAACCGCUGUUAAUGUUGGCCGGAGUUGCCAGCGCUAGUUCCGUUGUCAACAGAGGCACGUUUGCAUCUCCAAAGACUGGCGUGAAGUGGCGGUAUUGGAUUGAAGAUGCGAGUGUCGAUAUCGAUACGCUUCGCUUUGACAUCGGUGAAAUAGCACGGGUAGGCUCGUCAGGCUUCGAGCUCUUGAGCUAUCAGUCUUAUGGCUCUGUAUCAUCCUCCACCGGCCUUAUCAUCCUUGAUCCCACAGACUUUGCAUUUGGGUCUGACCGUUUCGUCAAUGUAACGGCGUCUGUGGUUCAGGCUGCUAUUGACAACAAUCUCACCAUCGACUUCACCCUCGGUCCUGACCAAGGCGCAGGGGUUCCAGUGCUUCCAGAAGAUGUCGACAUGGAAGGAAUGAAUACUGAGCUUGUGUUUGGCUCGCAUUUUCUAGCCGCUGGAGAAAGCUUUAACGGACCCAUUCCCCAACCCGAAAUAUUUCCCUUUCUCCGUUUCGAUGGCACGGUAGCUAGUGCGAACAUCUCGAAAAUGCAGCUUGUUGGUGUCAUCGGGGCACAAGUAGUUGACGGAGCAAAUAUCAGCAGCACGCGGGUUUCUUUAGAUUUCAAUACAGUGCAGGACCUCACGAGUCAGGUGCAGUCUUCUGGCGACUCAAUGACGGUCUCAUGGACACCACCUUCGAAUGGGACAAACGUGGUCCUUUCCUAUUUUUCGCGUCGGAACGGAUAUCCUGAAGCUCGUCCUGGGUUCAAUGGUCCAGACCCUAACGAGCCUGGCUCAUGGGGAUCCUGGGUUGUUGACCAUUUCUCUGUCAAAGGCGUAAACAUUUCCACGACGUUCAUACAAAACAACAUCUUAUCAAAUGCAGACAUUGCAGAAAUGCUAGCUCUUCCUGGAGUUGGACAGUAUAUGUGGGAAGACAGCAUGGAGUAUCAGGCGCAAUUAUUCUGGACGGACACUUUUUCGGAAAGGUUCAUGGAGAGGCAUGGAUACGAGGUCAACAUCACGCUUCCAGUACUUCACACACUCCCUAGUAAUGCUCAAACAAAGCGGAAUCAAACAUUUGACUAUGGCACUAGUUUUGAUUGGGAAAAGUUCAUGGAAGAUUACCAAGACACAUUGACCUCACUCUACAUUGAUUAUAUGGGGAACUUCUCUGAAUGGGCGCGAUCUAUUGGGAUGUCGUUCUCCAACCAGCCGGCGUAUAACUUCCGACUGGACACAGCUGCUAGUGCUGCUAUUCCCGACACUCCUGAAAUUGAGUCCCUUGGAGUACCAACUAUUGACGAAGCACGUCAACUUUCUGGGGGUGUACAUUUGGGGAAUCGCACCAUAUUUUCUAGUGAAACUGGUGCUCGACCUGGGGAAGCUAAUGCGAUCCGUAUGAUGGAGCUACUGCAGGAUGCGAAUACUCAGUAUGCCGGUGGUGUGAAUGUUGCGUUGCUCCAUGGCUUUCCGUAUUCAGGCAAUUAUCCGAACACAACUUGGCCAGGUCUUACUACUUUCGGGUAUGACUUCGCUGAUAUGCAUGGGCCACGCAUGCCUGCUUGGGAGCAUUACAAGGAAUAUCUGGAUUAUUUAGCUCGAACACAAUACGUUCUCCAAGCCGGAGUCGCCAAAGUCGAUCUUGGCAUCUACCGGAAAGGAUAUAAUAUCGUCACCCCUCCCCCGUAUACAGGAACUUCCCUCCUCAUACGCAGUGGAUACACAUAUGAAUAUGUCAGUCCCGAAAACCUCAAACUCCCAGGUGUGACAGUUUCCGACUCUCGCCUAGCACCUGCCGGACCUGCAUAUAAAGCAUUUAUCCUCGGGCGUCAGGAUAAUAUCACUGUCGAUGCGGCGCAGAGGCUUGUUGAUUAUGCCCAAAAUGGACUCCCGGUCGUCAUUGUAGGCGAUAUACCGAGUGAUAUACCGGGGUUUGAAAUGGGUAAUGUGUCGAUGGUGCAGGUUCAAUCGCUGAUGAGUCGGCUCACUGCGGAGGCUACUGUUGUUGUUGUCGAUGACGAAAGUGAUGUCCCGUCUGCCCUAGUCUCAUUAGCAGUCUUACCAGCUGUAGCAGCUGAUCCGCCUUCGGCGACAUUGUAUAGCGUCGUUCGGGAGGUAGAUAAUAAUGACUCCGAGACGAGAACUACGUACUUCUUCCUCUUCAAUCAAGGGACCUCAACGAUGAACUUCACGCUCACACUCAAUCCUGGUUUCGAAGGUUCACCGUUUGCCUUGGAUCCAUGGAGUGGAGAAGUCGCACCAGUUGUCCUCCAUUCCAAUUCAAGCUCUGGCAACAUCUCUAUUCCUGAAAUUUCGCUCGCACCUAGCCAAACGGCGCUGUUCGCUGUAACAUCAGGCAAUUCUCUCGAAGGCGUUCCUAUUCCAAACGGACAUCUUGUUUCUGCCGAUCCCAAUGUCACAGCAGUUGCAUUGACUACUUCGUCUCCUUCUAGCAGUCAACAGUUCGAGUUGCGUUCUCCGGAUGAGGGAAUGAAGCAGUUUAUUACUGAAGCUGGUGAAACGAUGUCUGCCAAUUUCUCCCUCGAAGGCGAGACAAGCCAAGUGCUCGAUGGAUGGCAAUUGAAUGUCACAGCAUGGACGCCCCCUCAAAAUCUCAGUGACCAUAGAUCUGUCCUUAUACCACAAGCUGCCAUAAAUCUCACCCAGGGAUUGGUUCCUUGGAGCUCGAUUGAGGGUCUUGCCAAUAUCUCCGGUGUAGGAACAUACAACACCUCGUUUGAGUGGAAUCAUGCAGACGACGGUGCAGUGGGCUUGUUGCUAGAUUUUGGCGAAAUAUUUCACACGUUGAAGGCACGAUUGAAUGAUAAACAGGUUGCGACCGCGGAUCCGACACAUCCAGUGGUCGAUAUAUCCAAGUUGGUGGUCAAUGGUACGAAUACGAUUAUAGUAGAUGUGGCGAGUACGUUGCUGAAUGCUGUCAAUGCGGUUGCACAAGUUGAAUCGUUAGGACAAUUGCGUCUUUCGACUGACCCUAGUCCCCCGCAGGAUCAGCAAUAUGGACUGAUAGCUAAUGUAACCCUUGUCCCCUAUGCACGAGCCACCAUAUCAUUGGAUGACUUCCCGUAGGAAUUAUUUGCAGGACACCAGACAAUUAAUUUGUGCCACCAAUAUAAGCGAACCUAAGCGAAGAUGGCCGGACAGCGGCUUCGCAAAAACUGCAUCAAAACCAACUUACAACGGCCUCCCUACAGCUCCCUACCCUGUUGUA